AUGGCAUCCAAUCGACCAGCUCCCGAGAAGCUGCAGCCGCGCGACAUUCAGGAUGAACGCAGAGCAUGCUCGUUCGACGUCGAUGCCAUGUCGUGCAUCCUGCCGGGCUCCAAGGCGGAACGCGACAACGCUCGUUGGUUGCUAUCGCUCCUCAAGAACGACGCCGACCACACCUUUGACAAGGAAGACCGCGUCUUUCAGUCUCGAAACGAGCGCUUCCUCAAAGGCCAAAAGGUAGCACUGCGCUAUUUUGAAAUCCGCAACCGACACGGUCUUGAGAAGAAGGAUGCAGACCUGAUGCGAUUGUACACUGACGAGUACCUUCCCAUCCAAGUGGCCGAGAGCAUGGCGCAGCCAACACUCAUGCGACAAGCAAGUCAGGAACAGUGGGCAGAGUGGGGACCUAUGGUGCGAUCGGGACGAUGGCUAGGCUGCUACAUGCAAACCGAGCUGGCUCACGGUUCCAACCUUUCUGCGCUACGCACCACAGCGACACUUGAUCUCGAAAAAGACGAGUGGGUGAUCAACACUCCCGAGCCGUCUGCAGGCAAAGUGUGGAUCGGCGGAAGCGGUCUCACUGCCACGUACGGAGUCGUGAUGGCCAACCUCAUCAUCAAAGGCAAGUCGUACGGCAUGCACCCGUUCCUCGUCCAUCUCCGAUCGCUCGAAGAUCACACCCUCCUUCCUGGCCGACGCAUCAUGGAGAUGGGCGCCAAGCUCGGUGCUCCCGCGAUGGACAAUGGCUAUACCUGCUUCGACUCUGUUCGCAUUCCCCGCAACAACCUCCUGCAGCGUUUUCAGACGGUCUCCAAGGACGGUGUGUACGAAAAGCGCAAUGCCGCCGCUCAAGUCAUGACGCGCGGCACCAUGACGCUCGUCCGUGUCGGUCUCUGCGAGAUUGCAGCGCACCAUCUCGCACGAGCCGCCACCAUCGCCAUCCGCUAUGCCGUCGUGCGUCGCCAAGGCACGUCAGCCACCAAGCCGGAUCAGCUCGAGCCCAAGAUCCUCGACUACGCCUCGGUGCAAACUCGCGUCCUCGCCGCUCUCGCCAGUGCGUACGCCAUUACGUUUGUCAGCCAGCACCUCAGGCGCAUGUACAACGAGAUGAUUUCCGAGAUCGAGGGCACGGGCAACAGCGGGUUGCUGCCCAUCGUGCACGGUUACUCAAGCGUCCUCAAGGCGGUCUGCACCAACGAGUCGUUGGGUGGCAUCGAACGCUGCCGGAGGAGCAUGGGCGGGCACGGGUUCAGUCAGGCUUCUGGCUUCGACUUUGAGCGCAACCAGCCCAACGCCGGUCUCAUCUACGAGGGCGAGAACUCGAUGCUGUUGGCAGGCCCGUCGGCGAACUUCUUGAUCAAGCAGCUCAACGAGACACGGAAGAGGAAGGGCAAGGCGGCGCGACCUGAGCUGGCCUACCUCGAGCUCAUCGCUGAGGGCUCUGGAGUGAGCGCUGCCAUCUCGAAGCGCGCACAGGCCGUCAGUGCCGAGCAGAUCGGGCAGCCAGCAGCACUGCUCGACCUGCUGGGCUAUCGUGCCGCGCUGCUAGUCGACAAGCUCGCUCAGCACCGCUCCAACGCUCAAAGCACCGACGGCGUCUACAAGCACAUCGAUACGAAUCUCGCUGUGCGCGCAUCCAACGCGCACGGCGCCUUCCUUCUGGGCUAUGCAUUCCACGACGUGGUCAAAUCACUUCAGACCUCCGCUGGCACAUCGCGCUUCGGCGUGACCAUCCAAGACUCCCAUGUUACCGCGCUGGAUAGCUUGCUUCGCUUCUACCUCAUCCAGAAUUGCAUCCUGUCCCAAGAGACGCUUGGUGACUACCUCGAGCUCCAGCUGCUCACUGGUGCUCAGUUGGAUGCGCUGCGAAGGACCGCAGCAGGGCUGCUCUCCGGCCCCAUCCGCAGAGACGCCCUGCGUCUGGUGGAGAGCUUCGACAUGGACGACUGGUAUCUUUGUAGUCCCCUGGGCAGCAGCGACGGUAGGGCAUACGAGAGGAUGAUUGAGUGGAUGAAGUUGGAGCCGCUCAACCAUACGGGAGAGAGGGGAGCAAGGGAUGAGAACGGCGUGGUCAAGGGGUAUAGGGAAGGGAUCGGGAGGUUGAUCAGGGGUGAGGCGGUGGCAUUUACCGAGAAGGCAAAGCUCUAG